AUGGCGCAGAAGUUGUAUUUGAACACAUACGAACGAAGAGUAUUGCAUUUUAAAGGCAACGCUGCUCUGGCCUGGAUAAGUAUGAAUAAACCUUCAGCAUACGAAAGAGAAGAAGUAAUACAACGCUUUCGACGCAUAACCGAUGCUGCUCAAGAACCCAAUCGAUUUGUUUUGCCUAUCGAUGGUUACGAAAAACUACCUGCUGUUCCACUUGAACAAACCGUAGAAGAACUUGUUGAUCUAGCUCCCAUGGUGCAGGGAUGUGAAGAGCCAGCUGAUGGAUUGACACAAGAUGAAUUCGCUGCUAUCAUGGUUUACACUAUGGGAUGGAAACCACUCGACGAAUGUCUCUAUGCUGACCUCAAUGCUACUCUUCGGUCGGCAAAUCGGGCAAAAACUCAAACAAUGGCAAUUGACGAUUAUAACUUAGGCAAGACAAAUACGAGAACAAUGUUUGCAAUCGAAUGUCAAUCAGGCAAAGAUAUUCGUCAUCAUUCCUUUUUUCCAUCGGAAGAUGAAAUUCUUCUUCUACCGGCAACUCAAUUCGGAGUAACUGGCUGUCUUGAUCAAGCGCCAAUGGUGUCAGCAACUAAAACAUCGCCUACAAGUCCGAAACCGGCACAGAAAAUCGAUCAAUCACCUUUUUCUGCACCAAAAUCGACUGAUGUAAUCGAGAAGACAUAUCCAUCAUCAAAACCUCAAUAUCAUAACAAUGAUCUGGAACAGUUCAUCGCUGACAACAAGAAUAAAUCGUACUUACCUUUGCCAUCUAAAAAUAUAACUGAUCAAGAUGUGGAAAUUGUUGUUUACUAUGCUUUGCGCAAUAAUCAAGUAAUAUUAUGUAUUUAG